AGCGGUUGGUGUCUAUGGUUGAUGACGUCCCGCCUGGCGGUGUCUGGAGGGCGCGUCGUCUCCCUUCGUCCCUCUUCCUCCUCCCUCCCUGCUUCAGAACGCUGGCGCCAUUUUGAGUGUCUUUCCUUCCUUCCUUGGUUCCGCUCGGCAGGGAGGGCGAGCCGAUGCGCCCGGGCGUGAAGCUUUUCGUGGGCAACGUGCCCGAAGAGGCGUCGCAGGUGGAACUGCGCGAGUUGUUCGAGGCAGCGGCGGCCGAACCGGGCGAGGUGCUGAACGUGGCCCUCAUGAAGCAGUUCGCCUUCGUGCACAUGCGCGACGAGGAGGCGGCCGAGCGCGCCAUCCUCAAGCUUAACGGCCACCCGCUGCAUGGCCGCCGCGUCGUCGUCGAGCCCUCGCGGCCUAGGCCCACACACACCGUCAAGGUCUUUGUGGGCAACGUCUCGGCUGCCUGCACUAGUAGCGAGCUGCGCGUCCUCUUCCAGCAGUAUGGGCCCGUGGUCGAGUGCGACGUCGUCAAAGACUAUGCGUUCGUUCACAUGGAGAAGGAAGAGGAUGCUAAAGCCGCCAUUGAACACCUUAACGGAAGGGAAGUCAAAGGCAAAAGAAUUAAUGUGGAACUUUCUAAUAAAGCUCAUAAAAGGGGACCAGCUGCAUACAGCGGGCAGCCAGGAGGUGGAGCUGAAAAGAACAAAAUACCAACUCUGGAUAAACUCCAGAACAGGAAUGAUGGUUUGAGAUCUGCUGAUCUUUCCUUCCCGAUGGCAGGCUCCAGUUAUUCUACACUUGAGUAUGAUUAUCAGCAGCGCAUGGGCAACAACUUAACCAAAUUUGACUCACAUGAUGGUCAGGCCAGACAGGUAUCUCCCUCCUAUUUUGGAAGAGACAGGAGUCCCAUUAGACGUUCACCCACAAGAGCAGGUUACACACUUCCUAUGACAGCCCAGCAAGCUUCCUAUAGAGACCAGACUGCUGCCUCCAUGGGAGCAUCCUACAGAGACCAGCCGUCAGCCUCUCUUGGGAUGGCUUAUAGACCCCAGCCUACAACUGGGCAAGCCGCAAUGUACAGAGCCCAGCCUUCAGCUUUGGGUGGAAAUGCAUACAGAGCUCAGUCCUCUGUUCCCAUGGCAGCUUCUGGUGCCCAGCCAGUAGCCUCAGCUCUAACAUCCUACAGUGCCCAGGCGGCUGCCACUUACAAUGCUCAAUCUGCUGCUGCUGCCGCCGCCGCCGCCGCCUAUGCAGCACAGCCUGCUGCUUCUCAAGUAGCCUCCUAUGGGGCCCAGCCCAACACAACCUAUGCUGCUGCUUAUGGGGCUCAGGCUGCUGCAACAUAUGCAGCUACCUAUGGGGCUCAAGCAGCUGCUGCAUACUCAGCCUCCUAUGGGGCCCAAGCAGCUGCAAGCAGCCAGGCAGCCUUGUACAGUGCCCACUCUCUCUCAGCCCAGCCAUCUUCGUAUGGAGUUCAGCCAGCUGUUGGCCACCCAGCAUCCUAUGGCUCCCAGGCUGCAUCUGCUCUGCCAGCUGCAUACGGGGCGCAAUCGGCGGCAAACCUUGCAGCCACUUACAACAUGCAGGAUGCAGCUGCCGCUUCCUACAAAGCAUCACUCCCUGCUUCACUGUCUUCAGCCUACAGAGCACAGGUCGCCAAUCCAACAGAGGCAGCCUAUGCAGCACAACAGUCUUCUGUUCCAGUGGCAGGUUACAGAGCUCAGCAAGCAUACAAUGGGCUAACUCAGUCUGCACAACAGGUGGCCGCUGCCUUUUCAGCCAUGUCUCAGUCAGAAGCUGCUGCGCUGCACCCCCCAUAUGAACGCACCCGCCUCUCCCCACCUCGUGGCAGCCGUGAAGAUCUCUUCAGAAAAGCAGCUGCAAUGAAUAAGAGGUACGGUUCUGACCUCUCAGAUGACCGCCGUUUAACUGAUCUCUCAGAUUUCCGCCGUUUAGCAGACUCCCCUCACGCAUACCGCCAUUCGCCGACAAAAGCUCAACUGGAUUAUCGCCGUCUCCCAGAAACACAGGCCGAUUAUGCCCGGUAUGCGGGUGCCUAUGGCGAUUACUUGCGUAAUCUGCAGCUGCAGGCUAGUUACCAGCGCCGCCUGUAGAGGAUUCCCCCCUCCCUCGGCUCUUUCUGGGGUGGGACUGCGUCACUGUUCAGGAGCCCGCCGUUGUGACCCACAUAACAUAGCCCCCCACUUGCUGCGUUCGCAGUGUGCAGCCUUUGCCAUUUGAUUUCAAAAUCGCCUUUUAGUCACUACAUUUCUUCCUGCCUGUUGGCAGCUGAUCAGUUUAGUUAGCUCUUUAUAAUUUUAAAAGAUAUAUAAUUUGCUUAUACCAAGUCUAGAUGGGAGCAUGAGACCUUCCUGAACCAAUGUGGCCAUCUUAGAUCGCUAGAGAGUCUUGAGUUGCUGUUGUAACUUCUUAGAGUUAGAGCUCUGUGCUUGGCCUUGGAAGCACUGUACUUGGCUGCACGUUCAGCUAUUUAAAACCAAAGUCCUAGGAUGAGGAUGGCCACAUACUGAACUGUGUUUGCUUCCUGUCCUUGCCUUUCUCUAGCUUGUGCCCCAGUAAAAAUAAAACUGUUCCUGUAUUGCAGUCCAUUUCAUGUCUUUGCUGAAGGGAUUUCUUGAUAUCCUUUCCAAACUUGCUCAGUUGCUUUUAAUAUAACAGCAUACUUUGUUGAUUUAUGCGAGUAUCAAGCGUGCAAGUAAACCUGAUGUUAGAACUAAGCUUAGACCUUUUUUUUGUAUUCUGUAAAUAAAAUGUGGGCUGUUUGACAGUUUAGAAAA